AGAAUAUUCGAUGAACACAUAGCUUCGCUUGUUCCACUACAAAAGCUUCUUAUGGUGGCAGGCGACAGGCUGCUAAAUUUGCUCUCUCCCAUGGCUGUAGACAUGCGCCGUCGAGUGGGGCGCAGUGCAUCGAACUCGCAAAGAACCGAUGGGACAUUAACAGGCUCCGCGCCGACUCCCUCGGACAGCCCUAAAUCUCGCGGAGGAAUGGUAAUGCAGGGUGCGGAUGGCAGCGAUAGCAUACAUUCGCCGAUGGACGAGCUGCGCGCUCAAGAAGCGGCUCGGUCGCUUCAUCUCCUUCUUAGAGGAUCCAUGGGCGCGAGCCUCUUUCCCAUCUUCAAUGAUCUCUCGGAGCGCAUACAGGCUAUCGACAACGGCUGCGGCUUCCCGAGGGACAACAGAGAGCUCUUGGUGAACAUGCUGGAUCGCGUGCGCAGAGCCCUGCUGCCGCAGGUCCUCUCUAUGCUCAGGAGUAUAAGCAACACCGUCCACCUUGCCUGGGUAACGUCUAUCGGGCGUUCGGUACGCGAAUCUGGAUCCCAUUCUGGGUGCUCGGACUGGUCCGCUUCAUCGUCUCCCGAAGCGGAGGCUCACAGCCCCGCCACUGUUGGCUCCAUCAGCUCUGAUCCAGGGCCUUACUCUGAAGACAGUGAUGCGGUACUUGGGGAAAGCGAGCUACUGUUCCCGUCUUCGCUUGUGUGGGAAGGGAAAUUGAUGUCGAUGUUCCGGACAUGUAUCUCUCCACACGUCUUCUCUAGGGCGAGCUGGAACGAGCCGUUUUCAAUAUGGGCACGGGUACUUCUUGAUUCGCCGCUGGCUGAAGACGGGCGUGAUGGCAUAACGCGUGCGGACAGGCUCUUUGGGCUCGAGACCGUGCUCGACAGCGUAAGAGUCAUGUCUUGGGCGUACCCCUCUCUCGACGACAACUUCAUCCGAACCCUCGAGCGCUCAACUGAAGCGCUCAAGGCAGAUGGAACCCAUGAUGGUGGAACUGCCAUCAGCUCGUCGCCCUCGUUCUCUCACGAUACCCCCUCCACCUCGAGUCAUUCCCUUCUACCGAGAGCGACGACGGCCACGUCCAUCCCCACACUCAAGGAGGUGCUCGAGGGUGUCCCACACGAGCGAGUCUCUGAUGUCUUCUUCGGAGGGAGUGGGGCAGGCGGACUUGGUAUGGAGGGGACGGAUAGCGCCCGUAAUGCGAUUGAGGAGCUCAGUUCGGAUUUGAGGAGUUUCAUCAUUGGUGAUGAAGCAAAUCACAGGGAUGCAAACUUGGAGAUCAACGGCCUUGCGCAUACGGCACCCUCCGCCACCGCAGAAACCUAUUCUCUCCAUCCGUCCGCCAGCCCAUUGAUUGACGUGGUGCUGCUUUCUACACCUCCAGGGCUCAGCGCUUUCACUCUUGCCGUGGAUCACGCAUCUGUCAUCGAUCCGAUACCAGACCUCACCAUGCUCACCCAGGACAAGAGUCUAAUCGCUCAACCAGCAUUCUUCCCGCCAUCUCAGUCUAUGCCAAACGACGUAUCGGGGAACUGGGUAUCCGAAGGUUUCGGAGCUCAAGGCUACAAUGAGCAAUACGAUCACCGACAUCAUCUUCCCGAUCACCAGGUGCUGCAGCACCCUCCAGCGAUACAAUCCAUGUUUCUCGGCCGCACUCAUCUCCCCCACACUGUUGAUAUCGCUUACGAAAUGUCAUCAGGCAUGCCUGCUGCGCAUUCUAUGAGCGCGGUCGAACUCGAGGCCGAGUUCCAAAGGCUGUUCGAUGGGCGGGAAUCAACGCGUGAUGGGGCUUUUGACCCUUCCAUCUGGAAAGGUUUCGAUUCACAGGGAGUUUUGGACUGGGGCAGCGUUUGAGUGUGAUACCUAGUGUGGAACUAUUGCUGGAGUAUGUGGGUUUUGGUGCGUUUCGGUUCAAUAUGGUGUGUAUGUGGCGUAUCGCGUCUUGUACGAUACAGGUGCUGGUCCUUAGUUCAAUC